CGACCUUGAAAAUCAAAAGGGCUAAGAUAAAGGUGAAAAGACGUGGAAGAUGAAGCUUGUAAGUUAGACAGAGAAACAGGUAGAGAGAUAUAUAUAGAGAGAGAGAGAAUGGUGUAAGUAAGUUGGUGGUUAGAAAAAGAAAGGAAAUAUUCUUCUUUAGCUUUCAUGUUUUUCUUUUGGUGUUUUCUAUUGAAAUCAAACAAACACUGAAACACCUCUCUCUCUCUCUCUCUUCCUUCUCAAAUCUCUCUCUCUCUCUCUUGUUCUUUCUUGGUGUGUUUGUAGCGAGGAUUCAAACACACACACCAGCAGCAGCUUCCUGAGUUGGUGUUUUUUGUGUGUGUAAUCUUGUAAGCUUCUGCUUAUAAUUAGUACUGAGGUUUCUGGGCUUCCUCGUCGUCUUCUUUCGCCACAAUCUGAAACUUCUUCUCAGAUUUUGAAUAACACCCAAGAUUUUUUAUCUCCUUCUGUUUGGAUAAAUCACACUCCCUUUUCUUCCCAUCUUUGUUUUCUAGCUCCCUCUCUCUGCGCAAAACCCAGUGUUUUACCAGAAACAGAAAAGCUUUAACCUUUAAGCUCAUCAAGAAAUGAUGUCUGGAGAUGUGUUCUCAAUCCCUUCUUCCCUCAAACCCAUCCCUCCUCCUCCUCAAGAUCCAAACCCUAACCCUAAGCCCAAUCCUUCCUCCAAGAAGAAGAGAAAUCUCCCAGGUACACCAGAUCCGGAUGCGGAAGUUAUUGCGCUGUCGCCGAAGACGCUUAUGGCGACCAACAGAUUCAUCUGCGAAAUCUGCAACAAGGGUUUCCAGAGGGACCAGAACUUGCAGCUUCACCGGCGGGGGCAUAACCUGCCGUGGAAGCUGAAGCAGAGGGCGAAAACGGAGGUGGUGAAGAGGAAGGUGUACAUAUGCCCGGAGAAGACGUGCGUCCACCAUGACCCGUCGCGGGCCCUGGGCGACCUCACCGGAAUCAAGAAGCAUUUCAGCCGGAAACACGGCGAGAAGAAGUGGAAGUGCGACAAGUGUUCCAAGAAGUACGCUGUUCAGUCGGACUGGAAGGCCCAUUCCAAAACCUGUGGGACGAGGGAGUAUAAAUGUGACUGUGGAACACUCUUUUCCAGGAAAGAUAGCUUUAUCACCCACAGAGCUUUCUGCGAUGCUUUGGCGGAAGAGAGUGCAAGAAUCACUUCUGUGGCGGCCAACACUUUGAAUUUCAGAAACAACAGUGACAGUUUGAUGAAUCCGCAGCAAAAUCUGCCUCAUGGCGGCGGCGGCGGCGGAAUUCCCCAGUUUCCGGCGGCUUUUCAGCAGAAACCCAGGCUGUCGCUGUGGUUGGAUCAGGCGGCGAAUGCGAAUUCUCACCACCAUCUUCAAAUGCCGGCGAAUUCGGCUGGGAUUUUCGGGGCGGGUUCUGGGUCGUUGCCGGAAAUCUUGCAGAUGGGGAACUCUCCGAUGAUGUAUGGGUCGUCGCCGAUGGAGAGCUUCGGGACGUCGAAUCUCUCGCUGUCGCCUCUCGCGCCGCAAGGGCUGCAGGAAACGGAGGGGAUGGGGAUAAGCAAAGGGAUGGCGGAAACGUUAAGCUCCAUGUAUUCCGACAGCCUCCAAACGUCGUCGAAAUCCUCGGCGGGGGGGCCGAUGUCGGCCACGGCGCUGCUGCAGAAAGCGGCGCAAAUGGGGUCCACGAAGAGCGCGCCGACGGCGUUCUUCGGGAACAGCUUCGGGCUCAUGACAUCCUCCUCGUCUUCCUCGAACAACAGAAGCGGCGAAUUGCAGCACAUGGUGUUCCCGAAAGAGUCGGGGUUCGACAGCGGCGCCGCCGCCGCCGCCGAGCAUUCGUCGUGUUUAAUGCAAAGGCAGCCGCAGGGGGUGUCGUUGAACGGGGUUAACGUUAAUGCUCAUCAUUUGACCAGAGAUUUUCUGGGCAUGGGGAGUGAAGACGGGCGGCCAUUUUUGGCCGAGGAGCUUGCCAAGUUCGCGUCCUCCAUGGGUUUGAGCCAUUUCAGUAGCGGCCAUUAGCCACCGUUUUGAAUUGUUUUGUCGUCGUGAAGUGUCGUCAUCAUCUCCUUCCUAUCUUCCAUAUCCAUACCAGCGCAGUCCUAGCUUGUACUUUCUUAAUUAGUAGGCCUUACAAUAAUGUAUCGCAACAUUAUAUCAUCAUCAUCAUAUCCUCUUCAACUCUAUCUUAAUUCCCAUUUUCGUUUGAGGUCAAAUCUUGUAUGUAUAGGUAUUCAUCAAAUGCAAUUUGCCGGUUUUCAUUU